UUUCACCCAUUGUGUGACACUCGUUUUGUUAUACAGUUUAGAAGUUUUCUUUUAUUAUCUCAUCUUACAAAACCAUCUGAAAUCUUCGUUAAUCUUUUUCUUCCAUCGUUUUCAAUACACACGUGACGUAUUUCUCCGUCUCAUUUCUCGGGAUUAACCAUUAAAUACACAACAGAUAACUUUUUAUCUCGCCUUAUAGAAAAGGCAGGGAUACCAGAUUCCAGAUACAUUCGAGGUUUUUCGUUUUAAUCAUUUCAAAAUGAACAGUUUUUAAUUAAAAAAAUCUUUUGUUAUGGUGUGUGUGUUAUCUUGCGACAUUUUCUUUGUAAAUAUGAAAAGUGGAUUAUCUUAGAAGUGUUUUUCUCCUUUUUGUUGGAAAAGUUUCAAGUGAUAUUUAUUUUCUUUUCGGUGAAAAGACAAAUAGAUCCAAAUGGCGAGUAGAAAUAAUGAUUCGAUUGAGGUAGUUAGUGAAAUAGGUGAUGAAAACCGUUCUCAAACUGCUACUUCUGUAGGAAGUAGAAGAAAAAGUGAGAAAAGAACCCACAUAAGACCUUACGCUUCAUCAACAAGUCGAAUCUUAAAGAAAUGUGGAAAAAAUAAUGUAGCAUCAAUAGAAACACCAAACAAAGAAUUCCGAUACAUUCAAGAUAUAGGAAAUACGUUGCUCAGCACACGCUGGCGUUGGAUUUUACUAAGUCUUUGUAUAGCAAAUGGAAUAGCUUAUGUUACAUUCGCCGCAAUGUGGUUAUUGGUGGCUGAAAUCAAUGAUGAUCAUUAUUAUAGCACAAAAAAUAACUCAGUUCCAUGUAUACAAAAUGCAAAAUCCUUCACAAGUUAUCUUCUUUUAAGUAUUGAAACGUUAACGACAAUUGGGUAUGGUUCAAUAUAUCCCAACGAAUGUCAACCCGGUUGGAUUAUUAUCACUUUACAAGCGAUUACAGGAGUUGCUAUUGAAGGAGCUUUGGUUACUGCAGUUUUUGUAAAAAUGUCCAGGCCUUACAAUAAACAUCCUAUUAAACAUUUUAGUAAAAAAGCUGUUGUUUGUAUUCGAGAUGGAGUAUUAUCACUAAUAUUUCGUGUAAGAGAUUCACAUGGGAAACAUUGGGCCAAAACAGUAAUAAAAGCUGUUUUAAUAAAACGAAAAGUUUCUGUGGAAGGAGAACCACUUCAAUAUUACUUUGAAAAUUUAAAACUUGAAAAGUACGGAUUGUUGAUGUGGCCACAAGAGAUCAUCCAUAAAAUAACCCCAGAGAGCCCUCUUUGGACUCUAUCACCAGCUCAUCUUUAUGAAUCGAGAUUUGAAAUUAUGAUCGUGUUGGAAGGUGAUUCAACCGUAACUGGACAACCAUCACAAAGCCAAACUUCAUAUACAAAUAAAGAAAUUUGUUGGGGAUAUAGAUUCGUGAAUUGUAUAGAAUAUAAUAAAGAAUGUCAUAAGUAUGUGAUUGAUCAUGAUAAAUUUAGCACAAUUGUUGAAUGUGACACACCUUUAUGUAGUGCCAAAGAAAUAUGUGAUUUCAUACGAGUUGCUUCUAAACCAGAUAUGUGGGAUAUUGAAAUAAGCACAACUUCCGGAAUUAGUACGCCUUUAUCGAGACGUAGUGAAGGUUCGUUAAACUCGUCUUUAAGACUUUCCAGCUAUCGAUUAAGGAAAAAUGAUAUUGAUGGAGUCCCAUUUCAAAGGAGUACUUCGUUUCAUCGACAAUUAUCUGGAGCUCCUCUAUUAGCCACAAUUACAUCAGAAGAAAAUUUAUUAGAAUCGAAUGAAAAUUUGGAUAAAAAGGAAUAUUUAUCAACAAAUUUGUGAUACCAAAAAGUAAUUAACCGAUCAGUAUUUAUUUGUAAAAUGUUUUAAAUGUUUUAAGUUUCAAUAAAAGUUUUAAAAAUUUAA